AUGAACAGCUUGCCGAAAUCAGUUGUCAUUGUAGGGGGGUCACUCUCCGGUCUUUUUCACGGCCUUUAUCUCAAGCGCAAUGGUAGCAAUGUGGUGAUCCUUGAGCAAGAUCCAAACAACUUUCGUAGUAGCCAUCAAGCAGGGAUCGCAUAUGGAUACGCUGUGGAGGAGAUACUACACAGAUACGACGCGACAGGCCUGCAGCCCUGCACGCCGUCAGUGGCAACACGAAUUGCCUACCAUAGGCGUCAACACUUUAUGCAACUAGGAAUCAUCCGCCAUCUGACCAGCUGGGGACUCCUCUAUCGUAUUCUUCGCGCAAACUUCGACGGAAUGAUGUCAGAUGCCGUCCCGAACCCUCCCCUUCCCAUGCCAGGGGAUGGUGAAGGAGCAUACCUCGUGGGACGCAGAGUUACGAGCCUCGAGCCCGAACAUGGCAUGGUUAAAGUUGGUUUCAUAACUAGCGAUGGGGAGGAGGGCUUUCUUUACGCAGAUUUGGUCAUUGGUGCCGAUGGAGUGCAUUCAACUAUAAGGAACUUAGUCCACGCCCAAGUGACUAAGGAAUACUCCGGCUAUGUGGCAUGGAGAGGCACAAUCUGCGAAUGUGAACUUGUGCCCGCCACAGCCCUGUAUUUUGCUGAUCGAACAUCACUCAACUUCCUAUCGGAUACGUAUGUUGUCUCCUACAUAAUCCCUCCAGACUCGGGCUCCUUCACCCCCGGCACGCGCCUGGUCAACUGGGUGUGGCCUAGUAAACCCGACCCUCUGGCAACAGCACCUUGCAACCCACCUCGCAGGUCUCGCAGCCCCCUUUGCGGAAGCCAUCUCCUCACCAGGCACCCGUUCAUUACGAAGGUCAAUGAUGCGCUAUGUGACAGGGCCGUGUUCUUCAACGGGAAGGUCAUCUUGGUUGGCGAUGCAUUCGCCACAUUCCGGCCGCACUUCGCCGUGGCGACGGAGCAAGCGGCGAGGCAUUGCCUGGGGCUGGGUAGGGUCUGGGGUGGGGAGAUGACCCUCCAGGAGUGGGAAGAGGAAGCAAAGACUUGGGGGAAGACGCAGUGGCUGCGUGGGAGAAUAUUGGGGGCGUUUGGCACGGGGAGAUGGUGGGAGUUUGUCAAGGGAUUGUGGAAGUAUGUGGCGUUUGUGGUUGGGUUGAAAGUGAGGGGUAUCAACUUUCAAGGGUUAGGAGGUCAACAUUGA